GACCCCUAUGACAAAAUAAAAGCCGUUGCUACAUCUAUAGGUAGUGCACCGACGACGUGGGCCUAUUUAGUCGCCUGUGAACGUAUACCCCUCGCCAAAAAUAAUGCCUCAACCUGUGCAAACCAGAUCCUGGGAUUGUUAACACCGUAUGUUGGUAAUCUUAGUUCAGAAAUAGCGUUGAUUGAGUUUAAAACAUUAUCUUCUGGCUGUGAUGAAUGAAAGGGGUUGGUUGAUGGGCUAUCAAUAUCGAUAAGUUUAUUAGCGUGCGUGAAAGAUUGGUUGAAAGAUUCCAUCGCCAAUUGAAAAGUUCACUGAUGGAUCAAGCUGACUCAAAGUGGAGCGAUGCCUUACCGCUUGUACUCCUCGGUAUUUGUUCAACCAUAAAGGAAGACAUUGGAUGUACAGCCGCCGAGUUAGUCUAUGGUACAACUCUAACGUUUCCCGGCCAACUGGUCAACUAUGAACCUACAACGCACGGGGAUUCUACUCACUUCGCAAGUCGCCUAUUACAAAUGAUGCAGAACAUUAGAGCAAUAUCACCUCGAGAAUACAACAACCCAGUCCAUCUCGAUAAACAUUUAGAAACGGGCAAAUUUGUUUUUGUACGAGUAGACGCGGUGAAAAAGUCACUGGCACCACCAUAUGAAGGUCCUUAUAAAGUAAUAAAACGCACUCACAAAUAUUUCACUAUCAACAAAAACGGUAAUAAUGAAACAAUUUCCAUAGACCGAAUAAAACCAGCUUUCUACGAAGCCCCUCAAGCCACAGACGACAAUACUGCGAACAAACAAUCACUCCCAUCAAUUGCUAAGAAACAAGAGGAAGAGGAAAAACUUAGCACUACACCCUCUUGUUUAACACGAUCUGGGAGACCUAUAAAAAAACCAAAGCGUUAUGUACAUUUUGCCAUAUUAAAAAAACACAACUAAAACAAUCAAAGCAAACAAUUAUCGAGGACCUACACUAUCAAUCUCAUCUAAAAAAUUUUUUUCCUUUCUACAGUGUACAUAAUCACAUUUGUCCACAAUUAUUCGUUUUGUCACAUUUUUUUUUCAAAAAAAUUUGUUACAAUAAUAAACGAGUAAACUCUAUUUAAUUAUUUAUUCAUUGUACGCCAAAAUAAACAGUUCAAUUUUUUUGUUGUGUGUGUGGGUGAUUAACAGUUUUACACAUUAUUAUCAUUGUUAGCAAACCAAGAUUUUAAAUGACGGUAUUCUCAUGCUAUGCCACAUCACCGCUAUUUUCACGCAAUAACACACUGUAUAUUAUUAACAUACAUGUCAUACGCAUCUCCACAUUGUUAAUUGGUUAUUAUAGUAAAUAUAAUUUCUUUUUGUAUAAAAUUUUUAUUAUUGUUAUUGUAACCAGUGUUACCUCCGGACACUCUGGGGGGAGCU